GAUAUCAUGUGAUUUCUGAACUUGGGGCUGGUUAAAAGCAUUUCCCAGUAGGCUCUUCAGUAGUUUUCAGAGAUCAGUAGCACAGUUGCACUCCAGAGCUGCUUCUAAAAGAAUCACAGGAUGCAUUGGGUAAGCCUCCUCUUCUCGGCCCUGUCCGUCACCUGGGCUAAGCCCCGCCUCCCCCUCCUCUCCUUGCAGAUGAUUGACGUCGUCAACGAAUCGAACACCACCUGGAAGGCUGGGCAGAAUUUCCACAAUGUGGACAUGAGCUACGUGAAGAGUCUGUGCGGGACGCUGCUCGGUGGGCCCAGGCUGCCGGAGGUGAUGCACUCUGUUGAGGCUCUGGGGCUGCCCAUCAGCUUCGACUCUCGCGAGCAGUGGCCCGACUGCCCCACCAUCCAACAGAUCAGAGACCAGGGAUGCUGUGGCUCCUGCUGGGCCUUUGGGGCAGUGGAGGCCAUGUCUGACAGGUUAUGCAUCGUGACCAAAGGGAAGGUGUCAGUGGAGAUCUCUGCUGAAGAUCUGCUGACCUGCUGCAAUGAGUGUGGCAUGGGGUGUAAUGGGGGCUUUCCGGCAUUAGCCUGGGAUUACUGGACUAGCGACGGUAUUGUGACUGGGGGUUCGUACAACUCUAAAGUAGGCUGUGUUCCCUAUACCAUCGGUCCUUGUGAGCACCAUGUGAACGGGUCCCGCCCCCCCUGCGCUAUGGGCCCCACCCCCAAGUGUACCAUGCAGUGCAUCGAUGGAUACCCGGUCCCCUACGAGAAAGACAAACACAUGGGUCAGAAAGCGUACAGCGUCUCCCCUGAUCCGGCGCAGAUCAUGGCCGAGUUGUACCAGAACGGACCCGUAGAGGCAUCCUUCCUGGUCUAUGAAGAUUUUAUUCAGUACAAGAGUGGUGUGUACCAGAGAGUCUCAGGGGAGUAUCUGGGGGGCCACGCCAUUAAGAUCCUGGGGUGGGGGGAGGAGAACGGGACCCCCUACUGGCUGGCGGCCAACUCCUGGAACGCCGACUGGGGAGACAAAGGUUUUUUCAAGAUAAAGCGUGGGAACAAUGAGUGUGGCAUCGAGUCCGGGAUCGUGGCGGGAACUCCACUCAUCUAGUGCACAAAAUGAUGAGACACCUUCCAGACCGCUUUUAAAACGAAUUAUAGUACAACCAAUUAUGAUUUGUUGAUGUUGUGAAUUAAACAUGUCAUAAAAUGGCCAAACCAUCAACCAUCAGAUUAGAAUGAUGAAUAAUGUAUUAUUUUUUAUAAUGCUUAACUCAACAAAGUUUAGAUUUUGAGGACAUGAACUGCAUUGAAAUUACACAUUAAUAAUAGAUUUACAAUACAUUCCUCUCUUUCUCUCUGUGAUUGGUCAAAUCUUGAGCCAAUGGAGUACACCUUUGAUGACAAAAGAUCCCCAAAAAUAAGAAAAACCCAGAUGAUUCUCCACCAAACAGUUAAUUGGACUGAUCCUUUUGAGAGCAAAUGUACAACCAAAGAUAAAAUAUAUUUACACAUCUUCAUUGUAUAAGAUCCCUCAGGGGGCCUACGAAACCUCUCAGCCUAGGGCCCAAUGGCAGGUCAAUGCAGGCCUGACCAGGAGAGUGAACGCGCCUAAAAACAAUUCUUAUUUCUUCAUAAAUAUAAAUAUUGAAUAGUUUAUUCAUAUGUUUAUGGUUGUCGCCGUCGGAAAACGCAGAAGAUGGAGGAAGCCAGUGUCAUGCCAUUACCCCCUAUAAGAAGUGUAUCAUCAUGAACAUGCAUUCAGUAUACACUGCGCUUCGAUAUCACCCAAGGCUUAAUUAAAAGCAGUGUGCAAAAUACAGGGGAGGCUGGAAUCCCCCUGAUUUACCAAUGAGACCCCCUGAAAGCUUCAAAAGCAAAAUUUGAGAGGGGGCUAAAAUUUUGUCAUAAAAAAAAAAAAAAAAAAAUCACAAUUUAUUCACAAAUAUGUUAUUUUUUGCCAAGCGGAGCCAGCCAGUCCUGUGUCAGUAUGCAAAUUAAAAGGAGAACUUGAUGAAAGUUCACAGUAUCUCUGAAUUGAAAAUCCAAUUCUGCUGGCGGAAAUACUAUUUUAUUUCAGACAGAAGUAGUAAAAUUGCAAGGCAAAAAAAAUCGAAU